CUAUGCAAAUGUCAUAUGGAAUGAUUGAUAUUAUCUAUGAGAUAAAAUAUUUUUACUAAAAUAAUUUUUGUUAAUUGUGUAUUAAAUGAUUUAAUACACUUGUUCAACAUUUUGUUUUAAAUGAGGAAAAGAUCUUGAAUUUUAAACUUAACUGGUAUGUCUUCUAUGCGUACAAAGUAUGCACCUUUAGUUCCAAGUAGUAUAUUGCUAGACAAAAGGUGGAAAGAACAUGAUUAUUUAUUACAUUUGUAUAGAUUGAGAGCAUUACGAGGAGAUCAUGUAUUGAGACCAAAUUUAAAUAAUAUUUAUGGAAACCCUUCAAAAAAAAUUCGUGAUGUUCAAUCUGCUAAACCGAAUUCUACAACUCGAACAGUUUAUUUAACAAAUAAUAAUGUCAUUAGCAAAAGGCCACACACUGCAAAAUAUGAUUUGACUGAUGAUUUUGAUGUACCUCCCCUAAAGCAAAGGUGGAUCAAAAGUUCAACCGGAUCUCGACAAUCAAAUCACAAAGCAAAUGUUCAAGAAAGCAGUAACUCUGAACCACACCUUAAUUUUGAAAAAAAAUCGCACUGGGCUGACAGUAAUUUCACAGAUAGUCGAGUGAUACCAAUUAAGCAAUCUGAACUAAAUGAAAAAAAAGAUGAACAUAGUUUUUCUGAGAGACCGAGAAAACAAUUCCAAUCAAAUUAUCAGUUAACAAACCAAAAAGAUUUGUUUAAUGAGCGAUCUACUUCAAGUUAUUCUUUUGUUAAUUCUUUUAAUCCCCAAUUAAAUUCAAAAAAAAAACCAAUUACAGCAAAGUAUGACUUAAAUGGACAUUUGAUCAAUAGAAAACCAAAUGCUGUAAUUUCUAAAUUACGACCUGUAAAAUCUGAUUACAGUGUUGCUGCAAUGAAAAAGCAUUUUGAAAAACAGCAGUAUAUAAGAAAUAUUAUACAUCGUAAUGGCUUUCUCCAUAAUAGUAAACAAGUUCAGUCAAAGUUGAAUCAGAAACAUAAAGAUGAUUACUCAGAUGUUUUUGAGUCUGAAGUUGAUGAAAUAUCUUUAUUGUCAUCUUCAUCAUCUUCAAUGGAAAAAAUUCCGCAAAUCAAAUCUCUUCCACCUUCUCCAUCACCAGAGCCACCAAGCAGAGAGUUGACACCUUUAUAUAUAGAGCCUAGAUUUGCUUCAAUGCGUACUCCAACACCACCAGCCAUGGUUUUAAACAAGCGCCCUACUCCACCAGUAUUUGUUCCACCAUCCCAUAUUAUUAAAAUUGUAAAAGAUGCAGAAUUUAUGGACUCUGAUUCUGAAUUAAGUCCUGACACUGACAAAGAUUCAAAUUUUGUAAUAUUUGCAAAAGAGGGGCAGCCUGGAAUGUUCAAAAGAACUGAUAGUGGAAAGAUUGUUAAAGUAAAAUCAAUAUUUAACAAACACAAAAAGCGUAGAACUAGAAGAUCAUCUAAAAAUUUUGAAGGAUCUUCUAAGUUUAAAGAUGUUGUUUACAUCAAGUAUAACACAGAUGAUAGUACUACAAGUGAAGAAGAUAUUUCAAAAGACAGAAAACUUAGUAGUAGAAAACAAAGCUUUUUAUUAUCCAAGCAACAUAGUUUUGAGAUACAAAGUAAUGAACAACCAAGUUUUUUAGCAUUUAAACAACACAGUUUUGAGAUACAAAGCAGUGAUGAAAUAAGUGAAGUUUCCAGUGAAUCUGAAGAUGUUCAAUCUGAAAAUGAAAAUAAGUUGAAAAGAAAAACUCAAAUAAGUAGACUCAGUAAUAAUGACAUUGAUUCAAAUGAUGAUAAAGAAACAAAGGUAUCAAAUGAAAUACACAAGAAUGAAUUGACAGGAAGAAAAAUGAGUUUUUAUGCAGAUGAGGUACAGGAUGAUAUACUAAAUUCUCAGGUUGAGUUUGAUGCUAAAUUAAUUCAUGAGUCUGGUUCUGAUGUAGAUGAAUUUGGGCGUAGGGGAACUAGAGAUCGACCAUCAUCAUCUAUAUAUCAUAAUCUGCCACCUCUUCAUCCUGAUAUUGUUCUUGAUGAUGACGAUGUUAAUAAGUGUAAAGUUCGUUUGAUGAGAAAUACAGUCAAUAUACAUGAAGCAUUAGCAAAAAAUAGAUAUUGUGAUUUAGAGGAAGUUUGUGAGAUUAUUAUAAUGAACAAUAAUGAUAAUAGAAGAUGGCUUAGAAAAAUGUAUCGAGAUGAAUAUCUACAGAGCUUGUUAGUUGAUCUACGAAAAUCUCUUCCUGCAAAUGUUGCUGGAGUUAUAUCUAAUAUGAUGAUUCCUGCUUGUGAAUAUGAUGCUAUGUGUCUAUGGGAUGCUCUAAAAGGUAUGCAUAAAGAUCCAGAGGUGGUUAUUGAAAUAUUGAUUACUCGUAGCAAUGAAGAGUUGGAAAAAAUUAGAAAAGUUUAUGAAUUAAGAUAUAAUGAAGAACUUCUUGAUCAUAUUGAAGAUGAAACAACUGGUGUUUUUCAAAAAAUUCUAAUGAAGUUAGCUACCGGACAAAGAGAUAACCAGUAUGAAUGGACUAAAGAAGAUGCUGCAAAGGAAGCAAGAGCUCUAUCAGCUCUUCUAGAUGCUGGUGGUGAUUAUCUAGACAAAAAGAUUCGUGAUGUUUUUUGUCGUUAUCCUUUUCCAUUAUUGCAUGCAAUAUUAAUAGAGUAUACUAAGUUUAGAGAUCAUGAUAUAGAGUUAGAUAUCGUUAAAAUGCUAAAAGGAAAUUUUUGCCGUUGUGUUCUUGCAAUAAUUCAAUUUAUUCAAAACCCCCCAAACUAUUUUGUGCAGAAAAUUCACAAAUCUCAUUAUGGUGCAGUUGAUGAUGACAGAACAUUGUGUCGAAUUAUUGUUUCCAGAGCUGAGAAUGAUUUGGCAAUGAUAAAGCAACUCUUUUUUUUGCGGUUUGGAAUAGAAAUGUUUGAUUAUAUUGCUCAAGUGUGUCAUAGUCCUAUAAAAGGUCUUGUAUUGCGUUUAAUUGCAAAUUUGUUUUCUUAUGAAGAAAAAGAAAAAAGAAAAUCUGAAAUUAUGCCGCCAUUUUGGAUUGAAGAUGGGAGCAUUACACUUGAUCAAAGACUUUCUUUUCCUGAUGUUAUAAAAAUUAUUUUGCGAAAAACUAAAAUAGUAAACAAAUUUGUGAAGAUACUGAUAGCUAAAAGAGAGAGGAUGAGAUUAAAAGAAAAUGAAGUAGAAACUAGUGAUUCUGGUGAAGAGACUGAAAAUAUGAAAGAUGAAGAGUCAGACACAGAAAAUGUUGCAGCGGAUGUUGAUAGUGAGGAAGAAGAAAGAAGAGAGGCUCAAGAAGCCCAAAGACAGUUGCGCGAUGGUUUAAAAAACAUGUCUUUAGGAGAAAAUGAAAGUAAUAGCGAAGGAGAUCAUAAAUCAGUGUUUCAAUCAAUAUCAUUUGGACCAGCCUCAAGAGGUAUUUUAAAGAAGGUUGAAUCUGAAGCAGAAGCCAAUGAAAAUCCUGAAAGGGUAGAAACACAAGAUUUUCAGAAUCAUUCAAGUCCUGGUCAUAAAGCUGGAAAUGUAAAUGGACCUGUAAUUGACCCAACAUUUAUUAGUAGAGAACAAAGGAGGGGUUUAAGGAAGCCUAGAAAGUUUCGUGGGACCGUAAAAGGAAUGCCUAUGAAUAACUUUGAUGCUUUAAAAGAUGCUCAAGCUGUUGGAAAGUCUAUGUUACAAAAAAAUAGGAAUACUGAAAAAAUUUUGCAGUUUUUGACCUCUCGUAAUAAUGCACAAAGACAACUUAUUAUUCGAGAAUUUUUCAGGCGUUAUCGAAGAGAUCUUGUUGAUGACAUUCGAAUGUUGGUUCCCCAACAUGAAGAUAUAGUUUUAGCAUUAUUACUAUCAAGUCAAAUUUAUGAUGCAGCAUCUAUCUAUAGUGCUCUUAAGAAUGAAGAUUUAACAAUAAAAAUUGAUGUACUUAUUGAAAUUCUUUGUACUCGUCAGAAUGAUGAAAUAGCAAUUAUCAAAAGAGCAUUUAAUGGAAUUUUCAACUUAAGUUUACAAGAAGAAAUUGAAAAGAUAACUUGUGGUCAUUUUAAGAAAUUAAUGUGUACUAUUGUUGAGUGUCAAAGAGAUGAAAAUGAUGAAGUUGAUUAUGCUUUAGCAAAGAAAGAUUCACAAACUCUUUACGAGACAAUUCUACGCAAGCCAACAAAUCAUGAAUUUUUUAUUGAAUUGUUUGCUACAAGAAGCCUGCCUCACAUUGAUUUAGUAUGCGAUCUUCUUUCUGAGAUGAUGGACAUGGAUAUACUAGAAAGAUUGGAUGAAGUUAUACAAGGAAUUUUCUUGGAAGCUAUUACUGCUAUUAUUUGUAAUAUACGAGAUCCACCAAUGUUUUUUUCUGAGCGUAUCUAUCGAUCAAUAUCUUAUCUCCCUUGUAACUAUUCUAUGCUUAUCCGAUGUAUAGUUUCACGAUCUGAGAUUGAUUUGCAAAUGAUAAAGGCCGUAUAUCGACGAACUUAUGGUACAAGCAUUUACAGUAUGGUGGAUCAAGCUGAUGAUUUAAAAUCAAGAAAAAUUUUACUCGAUAUUGUUAAAAAGUGAAAUGACCUCAGUAGUAUAAUAAUAAUAUUUUUUAUCUUUUUUUGGAGAAAAUAUGUUGCAAAUAAAAUAUGUUGGUACAUAACUUGCAAAUAAUAUGUCAAUAAUAGCUUUAUAUUUUCUUCCUCAGUUAUCUUAUGAUAAUCUCUUUGGUUAUUAUAUAAUUAUAUCCUUGAUUAUUUUAGUUAACUUAUUAUUUGUA